CGGCCGACGACGCAUGCGCGUAAUACCCUAUCGCUCUUUUGUUUACAUUUUACGUUGUUCAGUCGCACUUCGAACGUGGAAUCGCUAAUUUUGUUUUAAAAUAAAAAUAUAAUAGUGCAGUACUAAAUUACUGAAUCCCGAAUAAUAAUAGUGACAGGAAUAGUGUGAGGUGAAGGUUAGUGAUAUUUGGUGGUGUUUUCUUUUGGUGCCGGCGAUUGGAGUAUUUCAGCACGGUGGGGCGGGCCCAAUGCGAUGGGAUGCGCUGCGCGGGAGUCGCGUGGCUGGCCGCGGCGCUAGCGCUGCUCGCCCGCGCGCACUGUGACGUCAUCUUCCGAGUGCCUGAAGUGCUGGUCCGACACGCAGCGGCGCCUAAAGCAGUGGGCACAGGGCGCAGUAACGUGACUCGAUCCAAUGACACGGAGACGUGGAACACCGAGGAUGGGGUGGUUGAGGUCCGCUAUGAAGAAUACUUCGUGGAGCACGAGGUGUCUACAGCCGACGCGCGCCGCGCCGCCAGAGCACUCAACUUGGAUGAUAUACCAGACUCGAGGCCCGGAUGUGGUUCAUGCACUCGUAGAGAAUUAGAGUACUGUGAAACACGUCUGCUGGCUGACCACUGUUGCUGUGAGAGAAGGUUUUUCCCCGAGCCGUUCCCGUGGCUGCCUCACACGUGCUACAUGGGCCGAAGUCGGUGCAAGCCGCUGGCGCAUGAUUGUGCUCGGUACACCCGGUUGAGGGACUGCUGCUGCUACAAGAAGCUCGCUGACCGAUGGAAGGGUAUCCUCUCCAGCUCCACCCGGCUAGGCGUGGGCGGUGUAUCCCUGCUGCUGCUGUCCAUGCUACUAUUUGUGGCGUACCUCUGACACCAGGGGCCGCCGCGCCCGGCCGCCCAACCCGCACAUGUUUAACCACAAUACCAACACAACUGUGAAGGCGAGAAAUCCUUAGAGUUGAUGAAAAUGAUCACUGGACUCCACUCCCCUUCAGACGUCAAAGCAUAAACAUGACAUGAAUGACUGAUGAUCUCCGACCGAUUUCGCCCAUGGCGACCACUUCGACUCCUAGUCGGCACGACGCUGAUACGCCCGAAGAUGGCUUAUGUAUAGCCUAUCUUUACAGUGAACUCCCGCGCACAGUGAGGGCACGUGAGCAUGACAUGAAUAGAUAGGUACCUAAGCGCAAACAACUUCUGCAAAGCCCGUAUUCCCGAGAAAUGCGUUUUUGAAGUAUGUGACCUAACCCGUAUUAGGCUAGGUUUCCCUUCGUGGGAUGGAAGGUCUGGCAGUCGUUAGGUGAGCGGACGUGAUGGUUAAUUCGUCUUCACAUAUUUACCCAGAAUUACCACACCUUCAAAUGAUAUUACCGGACUCUUGCGACAUCGGAAUAUAACGUUAUUAAAAGUUAGAUAUUAAUCGUGGAGUCGAUAAAGCCGGAGAUUUCAUUUAGAUUUUUUUCUUUUAGGGGUAGUAUUUUUAUAUCAUUUAUAUAACAAAUAUUUCGAUCAUAUAAAUAAAGUUUGAUUAAUGACAUAAAAAUCUACCCCUAGAAAAGAAAAAGAUCAAAAUUGGACCUGGGAAAUAAGAAAUCCUUCAUUGUCUCUACUAUAUGCUGUUUACACCCAAUCUAGCUAAGUUAUCUAGUUGACUAGGUACUCUGAUGUACAAUUUGUACAAUUUAUUAUAGGGAUAAUGUUAGACAUGGUAGUUAAAUGCUUCCUUCAGUUCCUCAAGUCUUAUAAUAAAUUAAAAAUUAAAAUAAUUCAUCACAAAACGAGCUUUAGAAUUAUAUUUGACUAGGUCAAAUAUAAAUAAUAAAAUGCUUAUCCAGAAAUAGAAGUCUAUUUAAAAUAAUCAAAAAUCAUACUUUCGAAUUUCAAAAUGAGUACGACCGUUGACCAUUUUUAUUGCUGACAUCACACGACAGUAUUUCCAUACAAAUAUAGAAUAUUGACGUUUCGUAAAAAAAAUCUCAUUUGACUAGUUUUUCAAGUACCGCACAGCGUAGCGUAGCUUAUACAUAUUGUUGUAGACGGGGAAACCACCUGGGUUUUAAACCCGGUGUUUGGGUAAAAACCCGAUAAACACUGGCCUAAAUUAAGAAUAAUAAAUAAGAUAAUUACUAUUACUGCAUUUGAGACCUUACAUUAUGCUUUGAACAUACUUUAGCAUUAGGUAAUAUACUUAUCGUACACGUACAAUAUGAUGAGAAUUAAUAAAGCGAGUUAGAUAGUCCUUGAAUAUUAUAGAGUAGGUAAAGCAGUGGUUUAAGCGAGAAUUUAUUGUCAUAUCCUUCUUCGCAAUAUAAAAAUAUAAUUAUAGAUAUUUACAUACAUACGUACUGAGCAAUAUAAUGUACCCAUUUUAGGACUCUGUCGCACUAACAUAUUUGACAUUUAGUGAGACUUACAGUUCAAUUUGUCAAAAAAGUUAAUGUGACAUGGUACCAAAGUGUAUACAUAUUAAUGCUCGUGGCCGUACAUACGUAAGAUCACGUCUACUUGCCGUUGGGGUAGGCAGAGAUUAUAAUAUCCCACUUACUACGAUCCUGACACACCACUUUCGCUUUUUCCACUCUCAUCAAAGACUUCAUGGAUGCUCGCCGGUUUACAGUUCUCUUGGAUAUGUCACCGUAAAAUUGUAUACCGAUAAAUUAUAAUCUACCGAAAAAUAAUACGUUAAAUUGUAAGCAAUAUGAUACGAUUCAUAAUUAUUCGACAGUUCACAAUCUCGCGAGAUAGAUUAUAAUCUAACGUUAUUUACAAUUUUACGGUGACAAAUAUAUACUUUAGUUCCAUUUACGACCGUAGUGGCGCUGUCCGUAUGGGAAUCGGGGGGGCACGGCAGUGCCCCCGCCAAGUCGAGCGCGAAGCAUACAUUUAUACUCGGAAUUUGAUAUAUUAUUUAUGAUGACGCGAUGGAAAAAUCGUGCCACAGUAGAAUUAUUUCCUUCAAUGUGAUGUAAUGAGCUUCGUAUUGGUAAAUCUAUAGAAUCACAUUUUUUACCACUGUAUUAAAUCUACCUAUAAUGCAAUAAUUAUGUAAGAUGAUUCUAAGAAUUACCUAUUAAGUAUUAUCAAACAUUUGUUGGUAUGUUGCCUAAAAAGUAUUUUCCUUUUCUUAUUUUUUUCAUCUUAUCUGAUAAACAAAAAAGAUCUUAGAUACGAUGGACAAAAUUAAGAAAAGUAUUCUCAGGUAUUUGUUGGCAUGUUGCAUAUAAACUUUUUCUUUAUUUUGUUCUUACUGAUUUUAAAUAUAUUUUUAAUUUAGUUCGAAUACCAAUGAUCUUUAAGUUUUAGAACAAAUUGUUUUGAGUUGAAAUUGUUUAUUUAUUGUUAGUGUAUGAAGCAUCGCCUCCACUAGGCGACACUUGUCGGGCGAGAUGUGUCGCCAGACUUUUCAUCUAGGUAUAUGAUAAUAGAGUAUUUGACUGGGUCAACGAUAAAUUACAAUUAUAAUGCUAGUCUAGAAUUAGAAACCAGUCGAAAACGAUCACAGAACAAUCUCAUUUUUCUUUUUGACUUGUUUAUAAAUUAAGUAACUAUGAGUACGACGUUUGACCGCUUUUAUUGAUGACGUCACACGCCUAUAUUUUCAUAACAAUUCCAUAUUAUAAUUCUUUCGUUGAUGGCCCAUUUGACUAGGGUAAGUUGUCAAUAGCCUAUGUCGUCCGAUAUCGACAUGUAUAUGUCGUUCGAUAAAUGUCGUCCGUCAACUAUCGCCUAGUGGAAACGCGGCUUAGUCGACGCCAAAGGUGCAUUAGUUAUUAAGUUACCACUAUAGUUUGUAAGCUCGUGUGAAUGCAUUCGACCAUCAUAAAAUGAUGUCAAAAACAAAAUAUUUACAAAAAUGAUAUUAUAUCUUAUACUUAUUCAAAUUAGUAGCUAUUACUUCAAAUGGUUAUAAAUAUAAAUGUAUUUUUGAAUCAAUUAUAAUUAUGAGUAUCACAUCAAUUAUCUGUUUAAAAGUUGUUUCUGUCGAAAAUAAAUAGAGAAGUUACCAAGA